AUGCAAUCCACCCCCACCCCCCGCGCACCCCCAUCUUCACCGCAAGAGCUAGAGGCGGGGCCUGAUAAUGCUCGGCCACACACGCCCCUGGGCGGGUAUUGGUGCUCGGCGGGACACAUGCAGCCGGCAUAUCCAGACCAGCUUGCAAAGCGCCAGGAGGAGGCGAGGAAGGCUGAGGAGGUACAGCGGAUGGUUGAGAAGCGACUUCAGGAGAUUGCCGAGGAGAAGAAGAAGAAGAAGAAGAAUGGUCGAUUUGCUUCUGGGGGAGAUAUCGCAGCGAAUGAAGGAUCGCUGGCAGGGGCGGGGAGUUUCGAGGAAGCCGGGGACGACACUGGGCUGGAGAUGAGGGGUUUGGCAGCCCUUGUGUUGAGGAGGGUUUGGGGGGGAGGGGGGGUGGGUUUCGAUUCGGCGCCCAUUGCUGGGCUUACGCCGGAGGAGAUGGAGAGGCGGGUGGAUGAGGCCCGGAGCUGGUAUGUAAAAGCUGACAAAGACGCAGGAAGCAAUGCCGUGAAAGGGAGUGGUAGCAUUCCUAAUUUUCCCGCUGCUCAUCUGGAAGAUAAGGCCAGGGGCGGCGAGCAGAGGCAGUCUCUCGAGGCGAUCAUAGCGGAUGUGCUGCGGAAAGCCACUACGGCCGAGUAUCGACUUGAAAGGGCCAGAGAGCGAAUUCAGGAGCUGGAACAAGCAUUGGCAGAUAUGGAGAAGGAGGUGACAAAGUGCCGGGAGGAGGAGCUGGGUCUUGCUCAACGUGUCAGCGAGAUAGAGUCUAGGAAUCGAUUGAUGGGAGAGAUAGUUGGUGGGCACGCGCCGAGGGGGUUUGAAAGGGAGGUUUGA